GCGACCAAAGCCAAGGGCUCGCCCAGGCAGCGAGUCUGUGGGGAGUCCACGGCCAAGAUGCACUGGUAUCAGUUCCGCAGCUUCGCAGGCUUCAUGAAGAAGCAGGGCCUGGUCGAGGACUUCUCGAACCCAGCCAACCUGCUGAAGGACAAGAAGCUCCUGGACAGGUUCUACCAGCACGUGGAAGAGGAGCGGGCAUUCGUGGACCAGACGAAGCUUGGAGUGAAGGUCCUCUACCUGGAGAUAGACCCUGUGCUGAGGGACUUCGCCUUGGGGUGGCACCUCAAACUGCCGGAUGACAUUGCGGAGCCUGAAAUGGUGCUCACCAUCUGUCACUUCAAG